UGUACGACAUUAGUUAUUAUGUUAAUAAACGUUGAAAUGUUCGCAUCGUUUCGUUUCUUGAGUUUCCGUAAAAUUAUGCACGUUGUGCACGCUGUUUAAAAAUGGUUUAUUUUUCGUACCUCGACUCUGAACCAAUUUAUGGACCUACUACGACAGAAUAGAUCUUUAAAAUUAAAUGAAAUUGAGCUCAGUAAAAUCCGAAAUCCUUCAUUAUAAGAUAUACCUACAUAGAUCUUCCAUUAACAUUGACAUUUGCAAGAUUUCGGAAUGAAUGUAGCCCAAAGAAACGUUUACGAUCUUGUUUAUCCAACUCCACCAGCUCUGAAACAACUCGCAUGUAUCGCUGUAGCGGCGAACUUAUGCCGUGAAAAAAUCAGUAACCAUCGUUCGAAUAAUUCUAUGGAUAAAAUAGAUUUCCGUGAGAAAAUCCCGUUAGACAGUUUGGCUCCUCAUUUGCCAUCAGCACUUCUUCCCUUGGUGGAAAAAUACACCGAGGAAAUUCAAUAUUCGUUUCGCGGUUGGCUCGAAGACAUCUUGGACGUAUUUGACGAGUUUAUUUGCGAUUUUGACGGCACCAUUCAUUACAGCAGAACAGCGAAACGAGCACUUUGUUGUAACGAAGUCAGCAAAGAAGUAAAAUUCAAGAUCGCUUGCGAGUACUGCUUUGAGAAUGAUAUUCUAGAAAUUUGGCCAUCUGUGAUGGAUAUUACUAUUAAUUUAAAUGACCUUAAUUUUUACAAUCGUUCGCUGUCGUAUUACUGGAUCUGCCGCCUAAGAAAUCAGUUGUACAAGAUACCUCCACUAGAUCAAGAUUAUUCGACUAUCGAUGACAGACUAAUUCGAGUUCUCGAGGCGAAUAACUGGUCAGCUGUGGAAUAUUUUUGGAAUCGCUCAAAUAAUAAUGCUGCAACACGAAUGGAAAACACGAUUUACUUGCUUGAAAAUCAGAAGCAUAUAUUCUGUAGAUAUGUACUCACAAAACUGAGUGAUGAAGAAAUUGAUAGACUCGUAGCAGGCAGAAAUGACGAUUGGAUGGAAACUUUACUGUGCGACAAUUAUGAUAGAGAAUGUGGAAUAACUGCAGGAAGGCCUUGCUUUUUAGCAGCGUGGAAAUUUAUUAAUAAUAAAGUGAGCGAAAGCAGCUUUAUUUGCAUGGCUCGAGAAAUUUUGAGACAACAUACUCGUAAUUCAUUGGGCCUAAAUAAUGACCGGUGCUUUUUUAACGAGUUAUGGAAUAGUACUCCGAAUCAUUUGAAAAAAUCUGUAAUACCGCAUGUUCUACUUGAAGAGACUUUAUUUGAAUUGACCGGAUCACUGUGUUAUAUGGAUGAUCGAAGGAAUUAUUUUUUAUUUGCGAUUCUAACCGACUGUUCGUUUGAAAUUAGAAACACUUUUUGGAUGAAAAAUUGGCGCAUUUUGUUACUCGCAACGAACACCAAUGAUCUGCAACAAUUCACGAAUUUAUGCUUGAAGAAUGAUGCUGAAAUUACCCAGUUCAAAAAAAAUCAACUUUCUAGUUAUGAAAAUAUUAAAGAGGAAUGCUCGAGGUAUCUACUAACGUCGCGUUUUUCAGAGUUGAACGAAUUUCUGUGUUUCUGCUGCGUGAAGAAAAAAACCAUUAAAGAUGUACAGCUGAAAAUAUUGAAAAACCAUAUGAAUAAGUAUGUUCUCAGACACAGUCCCUGACGAUAUAGAUCGUUUGGAUUGGUAUAAUAUUACUGAGAGUAUACCUUCAUUUAUCAAAUUCAUCGAUGAUACUUUCGAUGAUGACAAACUUGCUGCCGAGUACAAAAAUCACUUCCUUUUUACCUCUGGAACCGUCCAAAUUUUGGUCCAAUGCCUGGAUCAGGGUUGGUUUGAAAAUUUGAUGAAAUUUGUCGAUAUGCUAGCGAUAUCCGAACAAGCUGCCGUAGAUUUUAAAGAGGGUCACUUUGUACCUGCGUUUCAGAAUCUUUCAACACGUGGUUUUCUUUGCGAAGAAUUCCCUUCUUUUAUACGAUGGUGUUUGGGAAGCGAUGAUAAAAUUAUGCAAUUUAAACGAAAAUUAUGCUUGGAUGAUAUUGUUCGGAACAUUAUUCGUAAACAAGGGAGUCUUCUUUGGGAUUGUGAAUCUUACACAGAAAGUAGUUUAAGAGUUUUGUAUAGUGAACUAGGUAGAUUUAUUGAAUGGUAUUUUCCAACUUCAGAAGAAGUAGCAGUUUUCAAGAAGAAGUUUGAUGGGUUUGGAUUGUAUGCAUCGGAGACAUCAGAUUGAAGUAAAAAUAAUAUUUUGGUGCUACUAUUUAUAAUAGACCUGAGUUAUUUGUGAGUGUAUUUUCAUUUUAAAAGGAACUGGUCGUUUUAAUUUAUUUGUAAUGAAUAUAAAAUUUUAAAAUUUCUGUACAAAAAAUUCGCGAAAAAGGUUCAAAUAGUAUGUAUGAAUAGGUCAUGGUGAAUCGAAGAACACUGUUGUGCUUAUACAGUCUUCAUUACCAAAUAAAUACAGAUUUUUCACG